AUGGCCCUGAUCGAACCGGCCAACUGCAGCGGAAAUGCGACCGCUCCCACAGCCAGCGAUGCAGGCGUCGCAGGCGCGGGUAUCCUGCUGUCCUUCAUGAUCACGGCAUGCCUAGCCAUCAUCUUGUCCAGCAGCGUCGUCUUUGGCGAAUUCCGCGGUAGAGACUCGGUCAUUCGACGAAAACUCCUCAACGGCUACAGCGACUCCCAGAUUAUGCAGGGCAUUGGAAUCCAGAGCGUCGGGCUCGCCAAGAUGAACACGCUUGUGCCAUAUCACUUCUUCCUCAUCUGGAUGCUGUCGCUUCUGUCCAUGGCGACGCACAACGCGACACUCCUGGCUCUCGUACACGACUACCGCCGCGACUGGGUGAUUCGAUGGAUGCGACAGUUCCUCAUGUUCGUCAACCUGGCGCUAUCAUGUGUGUCUGGAGUCUUUGUCCUGGAGGCCGUCUCAAAGGGCUUGGACGACAAGACCCUACCGAUCGCUUGCGUGUGGGAGGUCGACGGUAACGGAGCUGCAUCCAAUGCAGGCUUGUCGUAUGUCGGCACCAUUGUCGUUAUCGCAGGCAACGCCAUCAUCUUUAUCCUGGCGACCUGGUAUCUGCACAGCAAGAACCAAAAGUUCUACAAGGCUGUCCAGAUUGGCGGCUUAGUACUCAUGACGGCCGUCGCCAUCGGCGCCGCGAUCCGAAUCAUCCUUUUAUCCCAGGCAUUCGGUAAGCCUUCGAUCGAGCUAAAGGACGAGGGCGAGAAGAUCUGGAGCUUCGGACAGCUGCUCUCUAUGCUGCUUCUCAUUCUUCCCUUGGUGUCUGUCAUCGAGAUCUACCGAGGCGAGAUCCAGGUUGCAGGACCUGUUCGUGAUGAUCGGAGUCGGGUAUACGACGGCGAGCUCCAGGCAAAUCCGCAUUCAGGGUCACAAACGAAUCUCUUCCAGAAGUAA